ACCAAGUGCAUUCAGUGCGGUUAUCAAAUGGUGUUUUCCCCGGGCCCUUCCCUAAUGAUCUAUCGCGAAUGGUGUUUAUUCAGCAUUAUGAGUAUGCACAUCCACUCCUAUGAUUUAUUGUUAAAACAAUGAGUUAUCAACAAUACUCCACAAUAAUAUAUCCAUCCGCCCAUUGUUGUUAACAAAUGUGGAGAGUGCCAACGAAAAUUUACCAUUGAAAAAUUGCAAGCCUCAUGAUGUCGGAAAGUACAAACCGCAAGAAUGGGCUUUAUUUUUGGAUAAAAAUAAUUCUGUAUCUUCCACUCUUCCAAGGAAGUCACCAAUUAGUGCCAGAAGCGAGUCAAGAGGGUUCUCUCCACAUAUUCAGGACCUACAGCGAUGUAGCAACAUUUCACUACACUGUUCCUAAAGAGGUGCAUCGUGCCACUUGGCAAUUUGCAGCUUUCAUGGACGGUAGUAACUGCAUCCCCAGAGAGGUCAAUAUUUACUUGCAAUGGGGGAGUUAUCCAAUCAUUGCAGUUGACAAUGCAUCAUUUCCCAUCGACAUGAAUGCAGAGCGAAAUGACACUAUUAUCAUAAAAACAUUGACAACAUACGAGGCUGAAACGACUGUAGUUUUGCCGAUAAAUAGUCCUGAGCCCGGCGAGUGGUACGUUGGCGCCUACAUGACUUAUUGGGAUGAGAAAGUACAGCAGCAAGGCCUUGGACACAAGUGUCACUACAGCAUUGGCUCGGUGGCUAUAUGGCAGCAGGUAAAUGGCAUUCAGAAUGUACCCAUCGCGCAGAAAUACACGAUGAGAACAACACAGCCCUCGACUUAUUACAAAAUCUUCAUUCCCUCCGGCACAUGGAGCUUCAGAGUCACUAUCUGGGGAUGCGAAUUCCUGUUACGAUUGCACAACGUCACUUCUGACUCUUGUAUCAAGGAUAUGGCACUUCAGGGACGUGCUCUCCCCUUUCUCGAUCACACGAAAACCGCGAUAAACCUCGCAGCUAAUGGCACUUAUACUUUUGAAGAAGUCACACCGUUUGAAGACAGCUAUUAUUAUCUACUGGUGAUUGCUAGUAGUAUAGUUGAUUUUAAUAUCAAAGUUUCGAUUUCGGAAUGUCCAGUACAAAUUACUGAAAGUACCUUAACCCGUCAGUGGGCAUCAAGGCUCAACACGAGCCUCCAAUUUCAUUCGCCAGAAUUUUACAAAAAUUUGAUCGCAUUCGAAGGCUCAGAGAAUAUAUCGAGCGAUCCAUGCGCUCGACGAUUCCAAUUGAUACGUGUGAAACAGCUCCCAACAUUUUCGGGGGUCUUCUUGCUCCAAGGGAGAGAGUGGCUGACUCCGUGGAUUAUGCUGACAGACACCAGUCCAGUCAUUGCUCAAUUCGAUAUUCUCCCACUAGUUGAUAUCGGUGGAUCACUGGCGAUGGGCAUUCACUUGGAGAUUGAUGAAGCAUUUAUGAAACAAACAGUGGUCGUUUUUAUCUGCGUAAGAAGGGGACGAGCGCCAUGGAGAAAGAAAGGAGAGAUAUUUUGUGAUGACGACAAAAUGACGAUGAGACUUGAAACCAAUGGGAAACACGAUGGAAGUUUGUUGAUACCGUAUCCACAGCCUGACACGUGGUACAUCGGGCUGCAAGCCAGAUGUUUUAUUGACGGGAAACCAACAAGGUGUGAAGUGGGAGAGAUCCUGGUGUCUCUCGAUAUAAGAACUCACCAGUGUGUCUUCCCUGGUUCCCAUCCGUGUGGACAUCACGGUGUCUGUCAAGAGAUUCAUCGCAACUUCAUCCACUUCACAACGUGCAACUGCUUCGGUGGUUACAAAGGCUGGGGCUGCACAGACUCAACAAAUGCGUACCAACAGCCGUCCCUAGUACUUUCUUCCCUCAUGCUCAUCCUCAGUAAUUUAUGUUUCAUACCUGCUAUUUAUUUAGCCGUCAAACGCAGACUCUACACCGAAGCUCUAGUUUACCUAGCUACGAUGUUAUUCUCAUCGCUCUAUCAUGCUUGUGAUCAGAAGUUUAUGACUUACUGCAUUGCCAAAUAUCAAGUUCUGCAAUUCAGUGAUUUCUUUAGUAGUAUACUUGCAUUUUGGGUGACACUCAUUGCAAUGGCGCAGCUACCAGUACAAUUUAUUUCCGUCUGCCAUAUGUGUGGGGUACUUAUUAUUUCGUUUGGUGUUGAAGCUGAUCGAACAAGUUUGACCAGCAUUUUAGUACCUCUCACUAUUGGUGCUAUGAUACCUAUUGGUGUUCAUUCGUAUCGAUGUUAUAAGUCCAAAGUUUGGAAACUACCUAAUGGAGAUGUUAAAUUACUGGUUGGACUAUUAUUGGCCACUACUGGGCUCAUUUUAUUCUCGGCGGUUGAGACUGAAGCAAAUUACCGGUACGUUCACAGUUUAUGGCAUAUGAUUAUUGCAUUUUCGUUGGUAUUUUUGUUACCAGCGCGAGAUGUUGGACCAGGUGACUUUGACAGUGAGGAGUCAGCUGGCUCUGACAGGGAAUUGAUAGAUCAAGAACAUGACACUCCUGUGUUCACGAUUGUCUGUAGACAAGUCGAUUUGACUAUUGGGAAUUGAAAAUUUUAUUGCGUGCACAUUGACAGAAAAACGAACAUGUUCUGAAACAAGUAGUGUUUGAACCAAGUAUAUCGCAAGUUAAAAAUUACUAAAAUAUAAAACCCAGUGCUGAUCAUUUGAAGACUGUCUCUAAGUGAACAAUUUUUGUUGCAGAAACUUCGUUAUUUUAUACUGAGAGUACUUUUUGGUUUUGACUAUUCAGUAAUCGAAGAUAAGAAAUUAAUUCUUGAGUGGAAUAAUAAUGAGGAUAUGAUAGCAAUCCUGCAAUUUCGAAAAAAAAAUUCUUGAUAAAUUAAAAUUAUAUGGUAAAUUCAAAUUCAAAUGGAACUAUUUUCUUUUGGUCAUUUUCAACGUGCAAUUUUCUUGGUUCAUUCAAGAGUAAGAGAGAAGUUGUUUGAGACCCUGUUCGAUUUUCUCUUGGUGUAGGACUUUUUUCUUCUUAGUUUUACUGUUUUAUUACCUAUGAUUACGGUGUAGAUCAAUAAGUUGAUUUUUUCAAGUUUUUAUGUUCAGUUUAUUGUCCGUGAGAUUUUUUUUCAACUGUCAUUAUGAAGAAUCUUGGAUGUGCCAAAGUUGAAAACGAAUUACAAUAAUAGGAGACGAUGGAGUCACCCUCUUCUCGUGCAAUAUGCCAAAGUAUCGAUACUCUCGAUGUUUUUUGUCCAGAGUUUUUGAUGUUUCCAUGACAUAGUUGUAAGUUAGAUCAGAAAUUUUAUGAAUAUAUAUUGAGAUGUGAAGGAACUAGGAGACUAGGCAUAAAUAGGUGUAUCAUAUUUUGUUAUCAUCUACAUGUGAUUAUUUUUUAUUACAAGUGGAUUACUGACAUGUUAUCAUUCUGUACGGGCAUUCGCUGCAAAGCAAGCUCGGAAGCAAUAAACCUACUCAAUUCAACGAAAA